CGAAGCUUCAGGGAGGGGUACGUGUAUAUAAACCCUCUCCAUUUCUUUGCUCAGUGACUGCACCUCUGUCUUCUUUAGUCCUGUAGACCUAGAAACCUCUCACCAUGACUCAACAACCAAUCAGCCUCCCUGCAAAGUUAAUCAAUGGCGGAGUUGCUGGACUGGUGGGCGUUACCUGUGUGUUUCCCAUAGAUCUGGCCAAGACAAGGCUCCAAAACCAAAGAGCAAACCAACGGGUCUACAAAAAUAUGAUGGACUGUUUGAUAAAGACUGUUCGUUCUGAGGGAUACUUUGGAAUGUACAGAGGUGCAGCAGUCAACCUGACACUGGUGACCCCUGAGAAAGCCAUCAAACUGGCCGCCAAUGAUUUCUUCCGUCAGCAGCUAAGCAGGGGACAGCUGAAGUUAACCGUGUUUCAGGAGAUGAUGGCUGGAUGUGGGGCAGGGAUGUGUCAGGUUAUCAUCACAACCCCUAUGGAAAUGCUCAAAAUCCAGCUUCAGGAUGCAGGUCGACUUGUGGCCCAGCAAAGGCAGCUGGCUAUGCUUCACACUGUAAAGUUGGGAGCGGCUGGUCCAGUAUUAAACUGCUCGUACAACAUGGGUCCUGUGUCUUCGAUCAGGAAAGUGUCUGCAGUUCAGAUUACCCAAGAGCUGCUUCGCACGAAGGGCAUUCAGGGACUUUACAAAGGUCUGGGAGCAACCCUCAUGAGGGACAUCCCUUUCUCUAUGGUUUACUUUCCACUGUUUGCCCAUGUUAACCAGCUGGGCAAAACAUCGGAGGAUGAGAAUGCGCCAUUUUAUUGGUCCUUUAUUUCCGGCUGCAUAGCUGGAUGUACAGCAGCUGUGGCAGUCAACCCUUGUGAUGUGGUGAAAACAAGACUGCAGUCGCUCAAUAAAAGUGCAAAUGAAGACUCUUACAAUGGUGUGACAGACUGUAUCAGAAAGAUAAUGCGGAAGGAGGGGCCAACAGCGUUCCUGAAGGGGGCCGGCUGUAGGGCGCUGAUCAUCGCUCCGCUCUUCGGAAUUGCUCAAGUGGUUUACUUCAUUGGUGUUGGAGAGUUUCUCUUAGGACAAACCCCAUUCAACCUUUACUCUGUUUAAACAUGUUUACAAACUUGAACCACUUGAAUUAAACUUUGAAGACCAAAGCAGCUAUGACGCUAAAUAUGUGAGAACAAACGUUGGUUUGGAGAGGACUGUUCAUGGCUUUGAGUUUGUCUUAACAUGCUACCUUCGGCAUGCUCAACUGGCUUAUUCAGGAAGCUUUAACAUUGCAAACGGUUAGGUCUUACUUUCUUUUGGAAAUGUGUCCAGAGGCAGUCAGAUUUAUCCUCAAUGAGGGUUGAUUCGAAAUCAUACAGUCGUUAUUGAUUGAGGUCAAUAAUGGAGGUCAGGAAAUUUCUUUUUUCAACAGUGUCAUUAUGUUAUUGAUGUUGUUAAGAGUUCAGUCCCACAUUACUUGAUGUUUUGUAUAUCUAUGCACAGUUUUAUGGGGACACUGCUUAUUGAUGUUUGAUUCCUGUUAAAUGUCCAUUGUAUAGAUUUUUUAGCAGCAUUUAGUGGUGAGAUUGCGAAUUGUAACCAAGGGCUCAGUCCACAGCUCACCCCUCCCUUUUAAAAUGACAGUGAAGCUACGGUAGCCGCCACAGGACAAGCACAACAUGCAAAACGCACUCUAUAGAGACUAGCCUACUGUAGGAAUAUAGUGGUGCAAAAUGGCGACUUCCAUGAAAGGGGACCUGUGGUGUAUGUAGAAAAAAUGGCUCAUUCUAAGGUGAUUAAAACAAUACAAUUCAUUUUGUAAGUUUGUUAUACACCCCUAAAAGUUACACAAUGCACCUUUAAACUGGAGUUAUGGUUAUAGGCACUUGAGUGACGUGGGUGUGACUGUAUUACAUUCAGAAUUGAAGGAUAUUCUGUUCAGACAAACCUUGUUAUUCGUCCUACUCAAAGCAUGACACAUCUUGAACCGUUCCAGUUCAUAUUUUCUUUGUUUUGGUUUGUGAGGGAUUUACACUUCAUAUGUACUGGCACCCUGUUGCUUUUAGUUUCAUCUUUUAUUAUCUAUCCUCCUACUGUCUGUUUUUAUCCAUCUCUUUACCAUCUAUAUCAAGCUCAUUCAGGACAACCCAUCAUGUGACUUCACAGGUAUGCUCUGGUAUUGCAAAAUGGGGCACCCAUGCAUUAAAAACUAUAACAAAACCCAUGGACAAAGUCAAUUUCCU